GCGAGCCCUAAACAUCCACUAUAAGUUUAUCGGCCUCCCUCGAUCAACUUCUCUCUCUUCCUCACGCCGCCACUUCCCUCCUAUUCUCUGCGUGAGGUGUCGAUCAACUCAUCUCGGGCAUCAUGUUGGUUUAUCAGGAUCUCCUUUCUGGUGAUGAGCUCUUGUCUGACUCAUUUCCAUACAAGGAAAUUGAAAAUGGGAUGCUCUGGGAGGUUGAAGGGAAGUGGGUAGUCAAAGGAGCCGUUGAUGUGGACAUUGGUGCAAACCCUUCAGCCGAAGGGGGAGGAGAAGAUGAAGGUGUUGAUGAUAGUGCCAUUAAGGUUGUCGACAUAGUCGACACUUUUAGACUUCAGGAACAACCCCCAUUCGAUAAAAAACAGUUUGUGACCUUCAUUAAGCGUUACAUCAAGCUGUUAACACCUAAGCUAGAUGAGGGAAAGCAAGAACUGUUCAAAAAACAUAUCGAAGGAGCGACAAAGUUUCUACUUCCAAAGCUCAAAGAUCUGCAAUUUUUUGUAGGGGAGGGCAUGCACGAUGAUGCAAGUGUUGUUCUUGCAUACUACAAGGAUGGCGCAGUUGAUCCAACUUUCCUGUAUUUUGCUUAUGGAUUGAAAGAGAUUAAGUGUUAGAAGACAUGCUUGCACCAAUGGAAUAAGUUUUACUUAUUUUUUCUACGAAGAAUAUUCAAGUUUAUGUAUUUGUACUCUUUUGGAGUUGUUCAAGUGGAUGGUUUGUACGACGAUUUUUGUCUAUUUAAUUUAUGAAACAAGUAUCUAUGGUUA